AUGACAGACUUUAAAUCUUUAGCCACUCCUAUAUCUGUUUCGAAAUCCACUGUCUUUAAUGCAGACUUAUAUGAUGAUGCUACACAGUAUAGGAGUUUGGCUGGAGCUUUACAAUAUCUUACGGUCAAUCAACUCUGUCAACACAUGCAUGCUCCUACGGUCUCUCAUGGGGAGCAAUUGAAACGUGUAUUGAGGUAUGUAAAGGGAACUGUUACUUAUGAUCUGCGAAUAAGGAAGUCAGUGUCUAGAGAUUUACAUGCUUUUUCUGAUUCUGAUUGGGCUGGCUGCCUUGAGGAUCGUAAGUCAACUACUGGUUAUGUUGUUUUUCUUGGAACCAAUCUUAUAUCAUGGGCUGAGUGUGAAAACAAUCGAGGAAAGAAAUCAUUCACCCUCAUGUGGAGCGAUGAUGAGGAAUCUGAAUGA